UCCUACAUCAGUGAGGGGAAGGAACAUUCCCUGCCUCCUGCCUACAGUUCAGGGUGUGUCUGCACUGUAGAAUGGAGACAGUUUGGCCUCACUCUAACUGCCGUGGCACAAUGCUGUGAAGUCCUGGGAGUUGUGAUUCUGCAAGGCUUUAGCUUUCAACAGCCAUGCCUAGGAUCCCAUAGAACUGCUCCAUGGUGGUCGAAGUGCAGGACAGGUGCACCCUUUAGCCUCUUCUCCACCUGCCCUCAUUCCUUUUGUGAUUUCCAGGCAAAACUUGACCUUUCUGUAGUCCUUGGGGCCCUUCCUGUGCUGCUCCCCCCCCCCCUCUCAGCUGGGGCAGAGUCCAACCCCGCAGGGAGCGGCAGAGAUCCUUCCUUCCUUCCGCCUUUGUGUCUCUAGUAUCUGAGCCCACAAGCGAAAGGUGCUGGGGAAAGGGCCACAGCCCAAGGGCCUCUGGAGGACACCUUCCCCUGGAAGCAGUGGGGCCUUCUCCUGGUGUGGUGCCCUCUCCGUCUCGCCAUGGGGCCCGCUGCCCCUCGGACCGGCUGCCCCUCCCUACCUGACCAGCUCCAUCCUCUUCUUCUUCCUCCUCCUCCUCCUCACUCAGCGGCCACCAUGGCAGCCCCCACCAGAGCCCUGCUGGGCAGACGCCCAUGACCCUUGACCUGCCUGCGGCCUCUCUGCCCCCUUCUUCCUCCUCCUCCUCCUGCUCCUUCCCAUGGAGAGGAUGAGCUGGCUGAGCAAGCUGAACCCCCGGGGGGCAUCUGGGCAUCGCUCCAGCCGGGCCCCCAGCCUCCAGAGCCCCGUCACGGCCGACCCAGAGACCUGCCUCAUGGUCUUCAAGAACCACUGGGCCCAGGUGCUGCGUAUCCUGGAGAAGCGGGGCCCGCCUUCCUCCUCCUCGUCCUCCUCUUCCUCGCGAGGAGGGCCCCCUGCGGACGACCUGAGCGCGGUGCGCAACAACACGUACCAGAUGCUGACGCUGCUGGCGGAGGAGGAGCGGCCCCGCGGCGGGGAGGGCCCCGCGAUGGGCCCCAUCCUGGAGCUGGUGGUGACAGAGCGGGUGCUGGAGCGGCUGGUGGGGUGGUACCUGCAGCGCGAGGCCCUCCCCGAGGAGCGCAAGGUGGAGCUGCUCAAGCUCUUUGAGAUGCUCAUCAGCCAGUCCCACCAGCCCCUGCUGGCCCACCGGCCCCUGCUGGCCCCGCUCCUGCGCCUGCUCAGCCUCUGUGCCGGGCCGGCCUCCCCACUCCUCGAGAGCAACCUGGUGCUGCUGCUCAGCCAGCUCUGCGUCUCCGUGGCCCGGGAGCCGGCCCUCCUGGAGCUCUUCUUCCUGCAGGGCCCCUCCUCCUCCUCUUCAUCCUCUUCUUCCUCCGAGACGGGGCCCCCGGAUCUCCUGCUCUUCUCCCUCCUGGUCCCCUUCAUCCACCACGAAGGGGUCGUCGGGCAGCAGGCCCGCGACGCGCUCCUCCUCCUCAUGGCCGCCUCUGCCGGGAGCCACACCGUCGCACGCUACAUCGCCGAUGGAUCCUACUUCUGCCCGGUCCUGGCCACGGGCCUCAGUGCCCUCUACUCCUCACUGCCCCGGAAGCUGGAGGUCCGUGGGGACGACUGGCACUUCCUACGCCGGGAGGAUUGGAUUGGGGUCCCCUCGCUAGUCCUCUUCAUGAGCUCCCUGGAGUUCUGCAAUGCCAUCAUUCAGGUGGCACACCCCUUGGUCCAGAAGCAGCUGGUGGACUACAUCCACAACGGGUUCCUGGUGCCGGUCAUGGGCCCAGCUUUGCACAAGACCUCCAUCGAGGAGAUGAUUGCCAGCACGGCUUACCUGGACCUCUUCCUGCGCAGCAUCAGCGAGACCCCGCUCCUCAAGACCUUCCUCCGCUUCCUCCUCCUCCAUCGCCACGACAACAGCACCAUCCUGGACACCCUGGUCGGGCGCAUCGCCAGCAACUCCCGGCUCUGCAUGGUGUCCCUCAGCCUCUUCCGGACGCUGCUCAGCCUCCACUGUGAAGAUGUCAUGUUGCAGCUGGUGCUCAG